AGUUGAAGAUCAGUUGUUGUACAGAGCACAUUGGUGGUGUUGUGCCUCCGCGAAUAGGUUCAGCUCUCUAUUUUACACGCGAUUUGGAGAAAUAUAAAAAAUUUCUUUUCCUCAAUCCACAGCAGAAAAACUACACACAUUGAGAAAUUAUUAAAUGAACUAAUUUUCAGUUUUAAAUUAAUUGUAUGAAUUUAACACUGAAUGUUCUAUAAAAUGCAGACAAUCAAUGAAAGUGAAGUGAAUUGAAUAGAAUUUCCCAGUUCAAAGAGAGACGUGCGGAAAAAAAGAGGGACUUUUCACAAGCAUUUUGUAUUUUGUGAAUAAUAUUGUGGGUGUACACAAUACAAGUGAAUAUAGUAUUAAAAAAAGACUAAAUACCUAUUUUAUUUACUAUUAUAUAAAGAAUAAUGUAUGUGUGGUAUGCAGUACAUAGAAAAAGGUGAACUUUUAAAUAAAAGUGUGAAUAUUUUCAGUUUGCUUCAUUAAUAGAGACAAUGAAUUGCAUUAAGUAUUUGCUAAUGGAUAUAAUAAAAGCGCAACAACUUAAUAUAAAAUUGAUGAAGAAUAAUGCUUCUCUUCCUGAUACUUUUCACUUUUGAAUUUACCAUUAUUUUCUACGCGAAUCUCCUCAAUUUUCAUGCAGAUUUCUUGUUUAUUUUGUGAGCAUUUAACGUGUUUCUUUUCAUCUUCAUCGUCAGAUAUUUAAUGGUGUGAUCGCUAUGAAAAAUUAAACUUUCAUUAGCUGAACACAACAAUGCAAUCCAGAAAGUGUGAAGAACAGAGAUAGAAUAUGAAUUUCAGUUUGGUUUCUAAUGUGUGUUCCAGUCAAGUGAUUUAUCUGUAGUAGGGAAAAGUGUAUUAAUUUGUGCGGCGUGGCCCCAAUUUUUCGGUUUAUAACAAAUAGCAUCCGAGAAUGAAUAAAAUUAAAAUGUACAUUGUGCCGGAUCAAACCACGGAAAUCGACAAGGUGCUCUCGACGAAGAUCAAGAAAUUCAGCAGCGAACGGAAUUUGUUCUUUGCUAAUUUAAAUAAUUGCAUAUAUAGUGACUAUAGUACGACAAAAGUAGGAAAUGAGAACAGUGGUGGCGGUGCAAAGGUGUCCAAAAGCAAUUCAUUCUUGAAAGCAACCGAUGGAUGGCGUGGUACGUUGAUUAAGAAGUACAAGAGUACAAAAGAUCUCUUCCAAUCAUCCACAUCGGAUGCACCACAAAUAAAACCAGAUAAGGAAUGGAAAGAAAAUAAACCGAUAAAUCGCAUAAAUUCGUUCAAUUUGGAUGAAUUCGAUCGGCACUACCUCUUUUCGGAGAAUCGCCGAAACAUCGUUAAAGAGUUGCGGAAGAAUUUUGAGAAUUUUGCCAAGAAUGAGGAACUCAACAAUAAACGACCACAAAUCAGUGCAAAGAAACCAGAUGGGAUUUCCUACAAGAGAUGUGACUACACAGAAAAUCCGAUACAACGGAAACUCAGCGCAAAGAUUAAUUCUGAAUUUAUUGCCUACGACGGUGAUCUAUCGUACAAAAGCGAUCGUCCACAUGAACCUUUCUAUCUUCAUGACAAAUAUGGCACAAGAAGUCGACACAAGUUGAAUAGUGUUUUCUAUGGGGUCACAGAGAAUGAUGUGAGGAACAACAAUGCACCGAAUAAUAAAUAUGAUCGGGAAAAGGUGUAUCGGAGACCGCCAGAGCCACCGAAAAGAAGUGUUUCAAUUAGGAAUGAAUUGAAUAAUUACGGUGGAUCCCCGGCACAGCGCAAUUCAACACCAAAUCUGGAUGAUUUAUUCCGAUGCCAUGUAGUCAGUAAUCAAAAUUAUACUCCCCUCAAUGCCCUACGUAAUCCAUCAACGCUCAAAUACACGCGUUUCCGAAGUGGCAGUGCCAACAAUGUGAGUGACUUAGACAUUGAGACCAUCAACAAUGAACUUCAAGACUUUGUCGAUCCCCAAUGGAGUUCUUUCAAUUAUGCCCAGAGAGCACAAAUGCGCCGAUAUGGAAGCAGAAAGGAAUUAGAUUUGGAGCAGAAGAUAGACUUGGAGAUCAAGAUGCGCGAGGGUUCGGCAAAAUUACUGGCCGCUUGCAAUAAUCCAAAGACGUCGUCAUCGUCAAAGGGUGGCGGUUAUGGUGGGAAUACAGCAUCAAAUGCCAACAAUACCCAAAUCCUCGAAGCAGCCAAGAACCUCCUGACGUCCAAUGAACGCAUGACGGCUUACAUGGCAGAGCUACAGCGACGGAAGCGCGACAAGGAUACCACACAACGAUCAAAACCCACCGGGAAGGUGUCCCUCAGCGAGAUCCGGAUGCCCCUCAUGUGGAGGGAUACGGAUCACUUCAAGAACAAAGGGGAUCAUCGUCGCUUUGCUGUUUUCUGCCUCGCGAAGAUCGGUACUGAAAUCUAUGAUACAUCGCUCCUGUGUCCUGUGGACCGAAAUCUCACAGAUAUCACCUUCAGCGAUGCUAUUCUUUUUUCCAAUAUCACUCCCGAUUUCGAGCUGAAAUUGGAGGUGUACGCAGUGAUGAUGGAGUCUGAUUUGUCAAUUGCAUCAACACCUCGAAAAAUUAAAAAUACAAUUCACAGUUCAAUUAGUCGAACGGUGGGCAAAAGACUGGCUGCAAAUCUCAAAGAUGAACUGAAUAAUACAAAAAUAGGCCCAAAGUAUGAUUUAAUCGCUACGGCUCACUUAGCACUGUCUGAUGUUUCGGAUCUACCUCACACGCACGAUUUGUGCCUCUCACCAAAUAACAGUACGGCAUCGCAGAAUCCUUCAAGCAAAUUGCCCCUUUUUGGGCAUUUCUGCUGCCGUCUAGCCCUCCAGCCGGACGCCAUGGAGCAACCAACGCUUGUGGGAGAUCUCAAUCUGCUGGCAAAAGACUCCUGCCGGCCAAUUGAUGGCUUCGGCAGACUUCAGGCAUUCCGUUUGGAGCUGUGGGAUGGAGAAGAUGCAAUGAAGAACAAUAUUCAACCACGACGCUGCCUCGAAGUGACAAGGGAUACAAAAUUGAAGCAAAAAGGCGACACAGACUUCAUUUUGUCCAAUCUCGAAGAAGGUGUACUUGAGGACUAUGUGUUCCACACGAAGUCAGUGACGGAACAAACAAAGUGGUUUACAGCCAUUAAGAAGGCCGUAAAGGAGCACCAAAUGUGGGGACAUGUUGCACUUGCAUUGCCAAUGCAACUUGCCUCACCAGGUAGCAAAAGUUACUUCACACGCUCCUCCAGACAGGGAUCUCUUUACGAUCAAGUCCCAAUAAUCGAAACAAUCGAACCUCGCCAGACGAGUCGACCGACUGUCCAGGACAUCUUUGCGAUUCCAAACUCAGUGGACACAUCGCCGACAUUGAGUGACUUCCGCAAUCGAACGUACUCAUCGGGACGCAGCAGCCACAGUAGCAAUUUGAGCAAUGGCAGCAGUGUGGGCUCAAUCAAUUCCCGACGCAGCCAUUGGCCCUUUGGUGGUGGCAAAUGAGUCUGCGGCGAUCCUCACGAUGUGAAUUCCCUUACUUUCCAAUAAGCUUUCCAACUGCGCAAAAAGAAUUUUUACCCUCAGUCCAAUUUGGCAAAAUUCCUUUUAAUUUCUCUCCUCACAUUUUUUUUGUUUCUCAUGAUAAUAUUACAAUACCUUCGUCUACAAGAUCCUUGCAUUAGUUUAGGUUUUUUUUUCAUUAAUAUUAAAUAUUUUGACUAACAAUAAAAUGAUGAAAGAGAUGAUAUUUAACUAUGCAA